AUGGCGCUUCUUCCGGCGCAGCUGGCGCCUCUGGAGGAGCCGGCCGCUGCUCCUGGAGGCCUUCGCGGGCUUCGGCGACCUGGGACGUCAGGUCCGCCUCUGCAGAAGUCCCACGAAGUUGGGGCAGUCAGCGACAGCCGCGGCAUUGGUCCAGCAUCCCUCGGUUUGGCGCUGGCCGCGUGCGCCGCCCAGCGCUGCAGAGCACGCACAGUACGGCGAGCUGCUGCCGAGGCGGAGGAAACCGGGGGCCUCCCACGUCGAAUUCUCCUUGGCCUUGCGGGUGGGGCUGCGGGCUUGGUGGCACUGAAGCGAUUUGCCAUCGAUGGGCCGCCGGAGUUUGAUCCAGCACCUGCAUCGCUGAAGGGCAAGACGGUGGUCAUCACGGGUGGAAACACCGGCCUUGGCAAGGAGUCCGCCGUGCGACUGGCAAAGGCCGGAGCCACCAUCGUACUUACUGCUCGAAGCGAGGAGAAGGGUCGCAAGGCCUUGGCCGAUGUGAAAGCUGCUUCCGGCAGUUCUGAUGUUCACUUCCUCCAGCUGGACCUUGCUGAUCUGGAAAACGUGAAGUCCUUCAAGCAGCGCUUCACGAAAGAGAGUUACGGUGAGAAGAUCGACGUGCUCAUGAACAACGCGGGGGUCAUGGCAAUCCCAGAAAGAAAGGACCAACACGAACCAACCUUCAGUCUACAUGGAAGGGGUGUGCUCACCCUUCGCGGGCAGGAGACCAAGAACGGGUUUGAAGAGCAAUUUGGCGUUAAUCACCUUGGGCACUUUGCAGCUUGUCUGAAUUGGAGCAGCUAA